UCUAAGAAAUCAAAAAUGGCGAAAGAAGGACCUAAUUGGGAUGGUUUAUUGAAAUGGAGUCUAUCUCAUGCUGAUGGUACCAAUCCUCCUUCUCGCAAUUUGAGUGAGGAGGACAGGAGGUGGUUCAUGGAGGCUAUGCAAGCUCAAACUGUUGAUGUAAUAAAGAGAAUGAAGGAGAUUACACUUGUCAUGCAAACACCAGAGCAGGUUUUGGAAUCACAGGGAGUGACUUCCCAAGAUAUUGAAGAUAUGCUGGAUGAGCUACAAGAACAUGUUGAAUCAAUUGACAUGGCUAAUGAUCUGAACUCAAUUGGUGGAUUGGUGCCUCUUCUUGGUUACUUAAAGAACUCCCAUGCAAACAUUAGAGCCAAAGCGGCAGAAGUUGUAAGUACAAUUGUUCAGAACAACCCGAGGAGCCAACAGCUGGUAAUGGAAGCUAAUGGCCUAGAACCUCUUCUGUCAAAUUUCACCUCAGAUCCUGAUGUUACUGCCCGCACAAAAGCUCUUGGUGCAAUUUCAUCUUUAAUCAGGCACAACAAGCCUGCCAUUGCUGCAUUUCGUCUUGCAAAUGGUUAUGCAGCUUUAAGAGAUGCUUUGAGUUCGGAGAAUGUGAGAUUUCAAAGGAAAGCCCUUAACGUGAUCCAUUAUUUACUGCAAGAGAAUCAUUCAGACUGCAAUGUAGUGACUGAGCUAGGAUUUCCUCGAGUUAUGAUGCAUCUAGCCUCUAGUGAUGAUGGAGAAGUGCGAGAGGGUGCCCUACGAGGACUUCUUGAGCUUGCCCAAGACAAGACAGGAGAGGUUGCUGGCUCCUCAUCAAUUGAAGAAAAUGAGAAACUCAAGCAAAUACUCCAGGAGCGAAUUAAGGGGAUUUCCUCUAUGUCACCUGAAGAUCUUGGUGCUGCUAAAGAAGAGAGGCAGCUUGUAGAUUCCCUCUGGAAUACCUGCUACAAUGAGCCUUCUUCUCUUAGAGAGAAAGGCCUAGUUGUUCUCCCUGGAGAGGAUGCAUUACCACCUGAUGUUGCUAGUAAGCAUUUCGAACCACCUCUGAGAGCUUGGGCUGCGAAUAGGAAUGAGGAUACUAUGUCAAGUAACGAAAAGAAACAGGCUCCCGUAUUGCUAGGCCUAGGUCCACCUACACAGGACCCUCCUGCGCAGAAUAGCUUUAGUGGAGCCAUGCCUGGGGAAGAAAAUAGAGACACCUCUGCAUGAUGUACAUGUUUUAGGCAAUACCAGUUUCUUCGGCUUAAUAUAUCUUUAUAAUAUUACAAAUAACAUUGUGUGUUAAAUGCCGAGUGUUUUCUGGAUAAUUUUUAGUCUUUCCUCUUUGUCAUGUCACACUUGCAAUUUUCCUUCUUUUCCUUUGUUGUUUAACCAAAAUCUUAGUGUAAUGCUGUAUUCAUUUUGGUUAUAGUAUAUUUAGAACAUCGACUGUUGAAUGUGUUCUUAUUUUGGUGACUUUUAUCACAAUAUGAGAAUCUCAACUAGUACUA